AUGGCUGAAACGGACGAGCAGUCGCGGUUAUCCUCGAAUAAGCGCCCCCAUUCUUCCGUAGAGGCAGAUGGAGAUGACGACUCAUCCGAUGAUGAUUUCGGCCCUGCUCUUCCCUCCGCAGAUGCACCCAAGAAGAAACGCCGCAAGCUCCCUUUCGAGAAGGUCUACGUGAAUGCGUUGCCCGCAUCGCCUCGGUACUCGAAGUCGCUCAUGCACAAGGACCAAUUGUCCUUUGUCACAGUAUCACCAUUUACAGAUUUCCUUAUUACAACCUCUAUCGAUGGAGUGGUUAAAUUCUGGAAGAAGAUGGCGGUGGGGGUGGAGUUUGUCAAAGAGUUCCGCGCUCACAACGGAGAGGUGAAGAGUGUCAGUGUCAGCGCAGAUGGGAGGAGCUUUGCGACAACAGGGACGGACAAGACAAUCAAAAUUUUCGAUGUCAUCACAUUUGAUCUACUGGCGAUGCUUCCAUUGGAGUUCACACCACGCUGUGUCUGCUGGGUGCACCGACGAGGUGCAUCAUUGCCGCUGGUGGCAGUCACCGAUGAAGAAAGCAGUUUGAUCCAGAUAUUUGAUGGACGAGGAGAAAACCCUACGCCAAUGCACACCGUCAAGUCGAUCCACCGAUUUCCCGUGGCGGCCAUCGCUUUCAACAAUGCCUACGACUGUGUGGUUUCCGCCGACGACUCUGGCAUGAUUGAAUACUGGCGUGCUGGCGACGGAUCGUUUGAAAAGCCAGACAAUGUUUUCGAACUCAAGUCGUCAACCAACCUUUUCGAUUUCAAAAAGUCCAAAUCAACACCCUCAUCGCUGACAAUAUCGCCAUCGGGCGAACAAUUCGCUACCGUCUCCUUCCCAGACCGACAGGUGCGGAUCUUUGACUUUCCCACAGGCAAGCUGUACCGAAAGUACGAUGAGUCGCUGGCCACCAUUACCGCUAUGCAGCAGACAGGCAGCGCGAUCUAUGAACUAGACGAGAUAGAAUUUGGACGCCGUCUCGCCGUGGAACGGGAACUUGAGAACCCUGUUACAAAGCCCAAGAUCAACGUUCUCUUUGACGAGUCAGGCCAUUUCAUCCUCUACGGCUCGCUAUACGGCGUCAAGUGUAUCAACACUUACACAAACCGGGUUGUACGCGUUUACGGCAAGGAAGAGCCAUUCCGCGGCCUUAAUCUGGGAAUGUACCAGGGCCAACCCCAGAAAAAGGGUGUGGUCACAGUGUCCAUGGCUGCAAGUGCCAACCCACUCCUCCAGGAAGCCGAAGAACGCGACCCGAUUCUCGUCAGCACAGCUUUCGCUAAACUUCGCUUCUACCUCUUCACCAACGAAACAGAGGUAUCCAAGUCGACACGCGACGUCCAAAACGAACGACCAACCCAGACAGCCGGCGGCCGGGAAGCAACCACCCAAAAGGCCAGUGAGACGGGCACAUCAGCCGUCCUACACACAACACUGGGCGAUAUCCACCUCCGUCUAUUCCCAUCCGCAGCACCCAAAGCCGUGGAGAACUUUGUCACACACGCACGCAACGGCUAUUACAACAACACCAUCUUCCACCGGGUGAUCCGCAAAUUCAUGAUCCAGGGAGGUGACCCGAUGGGCGAUGGCACGGGCGGCGAGUCCAUCUGGGGCGGAGAGUUCGAAGACGAAUUCUCCACCCUCAAGCACGACAAGCCUUACACCUUGUCCAUGGCAAACGCGGGACCCAACACCAACGGAAGUCAAUUCUUCAUCACGACGGAGAAGACGCCGUGGCUGGAUGGUAAGCAUACUAUUUUCGGUCGUGCCGUGCAAGGGUUGGAUGUUGUGCAUAAGAUCGAGAACAGCAAGACGUACAAAGAGAAGCCGGAGGAUGAUAUCAAGGUUGUUAGUAUCAGUGUGUCAUGA